AUGAAUGACAAAAAAAGAUCAACAAUUAUCAAUGAGAUAAAUACAGUACCAUACACAAAUAAUACAAAGUUUAAAAAGAGAUUAUAUUCAUUUAAAUUAAGAAAUAAGUCCGAUUCAAAUUUGUUGAAAAAAUCAAAUCAAAUAGAAGACAUUAAAGAAGAGAAGGGUAACUCUACUAUAAAUAACGGUAGUAUACAUAAUAAUAAUAAAGAUAAUAAUAGUAAUAUUAAUGAGGAUACUUCUCUAUUUUCAUCUGAUACAGUCAAUGGUUGGUUAUGUCGAGAAUUGGAAGUAACUACUUCUAAUUGGGAUUUGUUUAGCGAAGAUUAUAUUACUAGUUUUUUACAUCAAUGGGAAAGACAACUAAGAUAUGAAAGUAAUGUUCAAUAUUUUGUUCAGAAUAAUCAAACUGUGUUACAUAAAUUUAUCAGUGAAUUAAUACCGUACCUUAUUAACAAUAUGAAAUGGGAAUUUAUUGUAUUAAAUUGUUUUCAAUCAAUAUUUAAAUAUUUUUUAAAAUACCCUGAAAUUAUGAAUAUACUUCUGAUUAGAGAUGAGACAGAUUCUAAAUAUCCCUGGUUCCAGUGGAUUUUAUCAAUUAUCAACCGUGGUGAUAAUUUUCAAUCUAUAAAAUUGAGAUGUCAUGCUUUAUUGCUUUUAUUACAGUUAUUUGAUUUUAAUUUUAUUCCUAGAAAUUUUAAUGUCAAUGAAAUAAUUUGGAAUAUCAUUCAAGAUGAUUUAUCGUUGUGGAUUCAACAAUUAAAUGAGUUGUUGGUUAUUGCUUCAUCUCCGAUAUCAAUUAAUAAUAGUAUCAAUAAAAUAGUUCAUCUCGGCAGGGUUAACGAAUUAAUACCUAAAUUCAUCUUAUUAUCAUUAGAUUUAUUUAUAAAUUUAAUUAAUUCAUUUCAUUCCAUAACUACAAAAUAUAUCAUAUUGAAACAAUUAAAAAUAAACAAAAUACAUGACUUUUUUUAUCAGCUUGAUUCGUUAAGAGAUGCAUUGACAUUUGAUCUGUCUCAGAUUAAUCAAAAGAUUCGAUAUUUCAAAGAUAUUGAGAAGACGAUAUUACUACAAAAAAAUCAAACUGUAGAUGAUUCAUUAUUCAAUCAAUUAUCUACAUAUAAUAAAGAUUUAACAUUUUUAUUGGAAAGAACAGAUAAUACACCUUUACAAACACAUUUAAAUGACAUAUUUGAUCAUCUAGUUAAGUUUAUAGAUAAAAACCCGUAUGAUGAAUCAAUAAAUUUAUUUAAAUCUAUUAAUUACAUAUCAAAUUAUUUCAAUCUCGAAAAUAAUGACAAACCAAAUUCAAACCUCAAAAUUGCAUCAGAUAAAGGCUUUAAAGAUUAUAUAGAAAAAUUAAUGGAUAAUUUGCAAUCCGAUGAAAUUGCCAAAAGAGCUAUGGAACAAUUACGUCAAUCAAAGGUAAAAAUUCAAAAAUUAACUUUAAAAUUAGAAUCUUUGCAAGAUUUAACCAUCCUACAAAAUGAUAAUAACAUGGUAUUACAAGAAUUAAAACAAGCUAAUCUUCUACUAGAUGAAAAAGAUAACGAUUUGGAAUCCUUGACUUUACAAAAUCGAAGAUUAGAGGAUCAAUUACGAAAAUUAAAUAAUGAAAUCGAAAGAAUAAAUACCCAUCAAAGAUGGUAUACUGAUCAAGUUACCAAUAAUAUGAAAAAUCAUCAUAGCGGCAGCUAUAAUAGUAACACUAAGAGUCAUUCCACUUUGUUUGAGACAAUGAAAAACCCAUUCAACAAGAAAAGAGAUAUUCAAGCUCUACAAAGAAAAAGUUCUAUGAAAAGUAGUCAAAGAAUAAAUUCUUUGUCCUCAAUUUUAAAACAAUCAGACAAUAGAACUCAUACUUCGACUAGUAAUGACAAUCCCUUUCCCCAAACACCAGUUAAUUCUGGCCACCAUGAUCUUAACAAUCAAAUAGGAUCUGCAAGAACAGACUCAACAAUUUUAAAUACAAAUAUUAUAUCACAACCAAAAUCUUUUAUUUCUACUCCUUAUAAAACAUCUUGUCUUACAAGUGUGGAUAAAAUAUAUUUGGAUCCAAAAAAUAAGUCAUCGAUAACUACUAUUGAUACAAGGUUAAAUUUACAUACAAAAAUGUCAAGAAAGCAAGAUGUUAACCAACAUAAGGAUUAUGAAACACAGGAUUGUAUAUCUCCUACUUUGUCACGUUCUCUGCCAAGGCUAUCUCUACCAACCUUGUCAGCUGCAUUAAAUUCUCUUCCACAAUCAACACCAUCGUUAGUCAAUGAGCCAACAAUUUUUGGUAGUCGAUUUCUCACUUCAACUUCUUCGUUACUAAGCACAGAUUCUAUUAAUGAUCUAUCUAUGGGUGAUAAUACAUCACUAGAAUACAGCAGAGUAAAUAGUAAUUCAGUAUUCAAUAAUGAAAACAAUAUGCCCUGGACAAAUGGAUCUCCAAUAAAUGAAACAUAUUACCUCCUUAGAAAUUCUACAUACGGCUUGGUCUCUAAUAAUAUAUUAAACAAUGUAUCUCCCUCUAUUAAAGAUAAUACAAAGGUACAGUUACUAAACAUAGAUAAUAAUACUAAGACAGAAACUAGUCUGAAUUCUGAUUCUUCAAAGACGCACAUACCUACUACUGUAUUGUCUGCACCUCCUUUACCAUCAAAUUUAGCAAUUUUUUCAAAUACCGAAAAGUCUGAGUCAUUCGUUAUUUCCAGUACAAUUUCUGAAUCUCCAAUAUCUCUUCCUUUUGCCCCACCUCCUCCACCUCCACCCCUCCCAAAAAACUUGUCAAUAAUAUCACUUAUUAAUGAAGACACUAAUGAAGAAAAAACAGACAUGUCCACAGAAACGCCAAAAGGCAAGAAUACAAUUAACACUGAGAUAAAGACAUUACCAGCACCACCUCCAUCACCGCCCCCAUUGCCUCUUUUAUUUGCCAAAGCUGUUUCAUCGUCUUCAAAAAAUUCAAAUACAUUAAUAAAAGAAGAAACAAGUCAAUCUAUACCAUUACCUCCUCCACCUCCACCUUUACCGUCUUCAUUAAAAAAAUCAGAUAUGAAGGAAUCAUCGUCUGUUAAAUCACCAACUAAAAGCCAACCCAAUCCAGCUGCAUUAUCUAUGGCUUUGAUUAAGCCAAUUUCAAUAAGAUUGAAACAAAUACAUUGGGAUAAAAUAGAAAAUGUAAGCGGCACAUUAUGGGAGGAUUUCAAUAGUAGAAGAGUUAUAUCAAAGGAACUACAAAUGAAUGGGAUCUUGACAGAGAUUGAAGAGAAAUUCAGGAUUAAAGAAAAUAUUACUUUAAAAAUGAAGGGUAACAAUAAUUUAAAUAACGAUUUUAAUAAUGGGAAAGAUAGUAAUGCUCUGAAUAAUAAAUCAACUGUGUCAUAUCUGUCAAGAGAUUUGCAACAACAAUUUGGUAUAAACUUGCACAUGUUUUCUAAUUUAACUGUGGAUGAGUUUGUGAAUAAAGUAAUGAAUUGUGAUAAUGCAAUCAUUAAAAAUGUAUCUGUAUUAGAAUUUUUUUCAAAGGAAGAAUUGACCAACAUUGCGCCUAGUUUGGUUAGAAAAUAUGAACCAUAUAUGAAAGAUGAGGUUAAGGAAGAUUUACCUAUUUUAGAAAGAGCAGACGAAAUAUUUUUGAAACUCUGUUAUAGAAUGCGGUCGUACUGGGGGAUUAGAUCCAAAUGCCUUUUAGUGCUGUCUACUUAUGAAAAAGAUUACUAUGAUUUGAUUUAUAAAUUGCAAAAAAUUGAUACUGCUAUUUCACAGUUAAAAAAAAGUGAAGCGUUUAAAAAUAUAUUGUAUAUGAUUAUGGAAAUUGGGAACUACAUGAAUGUAAAAAGAGUGGAAGGAAUUAAAAUCAGUUCAUUGAACAAAUUAAUUUUUAUUAAAUCAAGUGUUGAUAACAAUAAUUCAUUUCUACAUUUUAUUGAAAGUUGUAUUAGGAACAAAUACCCUGAAUUAAUGUCAUUUUUAAGAGAUUUAGAUGCUGUGGAAGAUAUGGGUAGAACUACAAUUGAUCAACUUGAACUAGAAUGCAAUGAAUAUUGUGCUAAGAUUAAUUCUAUGUAUUAUAGUGUAACGAGAGGUAAAUUAUCAAAUCCUGAUGAUUUAGACCCGAGAGAUCAAAUAUUGAAGAAAGUGAAAUAUAAGACUAAUAGAGCAAAAAAUAAAAGUGAUUUAUUAAAGGAUCGACUGGAAUUAACCUUGAGUGAUAUGGAGGAGUUGGUUAAAUAUUAUGGAGAAGAUUAUAAAGAUGUUGAGGUUAGAAACAAAUUUUUCCAACAAUUUAUUGAGUUUAUACAAUUAUUUAAGAAAUGUAAUAAAGAAAAUGUUGAAAAAGAAGAAAUGGAAAGACUAUAUAAUGAAAGAAAUAAAUCUCAGAUAUUAAUUGAUGGUGAGGAGGUAGAAGAGGAGAAAGUGGGUGAAAAAUCAACAAAAGAAGGCAAUGAGAUUAGUAUAAGGAAAAUUGAUAUAUUAUUAACUAAAUUACGCGAUGUGGAGAAAAUUAAGAAUAGGACUAGUAGACAUGAUAUUAGUGAUAUUAUUAGUAAUAACAAAGUAAGUGAAAACAAUAAGUUGGUUACUAGAAAGAAAAGAGACGAAAAAAAGCUUACAAGUAAAAUCAAACAAAAAGAUGCAAAUUAUAAUGGUAAUAAUAAUGAAAAGCAUCAUAAUGGUAACGAUGCUGAUGAUAAGAAACCUGCAUUAUUAAAAAGAGCACAGACCAUGUUAAACAACAUUCAAAACAUAUAA